AUGACAAGGUUAAAGCAAGCACACAAGAGGAGGCUAUUUUUUGACAAUCCUUGUUCAGGAAUAACUGAAGUAGGCUACCGAAAGCUGGGUGUUCGACAAGCUACUUGGAAAUAUGCGACAUGCAAACAUGUUCAAGGUGCGAAAAAACAGCCGGGUUCUCCAGUUCCUUCCCCGACAUACCUGUCAAUGGAUACUGUUAUGGCAGAGCUCACCAAGUUGUCACUUCAGUUGCAGCCCCUUCCAGAACUUUUCAAGGAUAUUCAUUGCAUUAAAUCGGAUAUGGCUGCACUUUCGACUUCCACUCAGGAAUUGAUCAGUAGAAUCGAUAGACUUGAAAAAAGGAUUGAUAAUAUUGAGUCUAUUGUGUCUUUUAUUAAUAGAUAUCUUAAAGAAGAUUUCGUAGCUGCUGGAAAGGCAUUGAAGACACUCACAACAUCUGAUAUCGGCAUCCCAGGCAAUACUAGAAUCUUCAUUAAUGACCAUCUGACGGUCGAAAAUAAACAGCUGUUAUCUAAAACGAAACUCCUUGCUAAGGAGAAAAAUUACCGUUUUGUUUGGGUGAGGCACUCCAAACUAUUUGUAAGAAAAAACGAAACGUCCCCCGUCUUAAGUAUCAAAGCGGAGAAAGAUUUGACGGAAGUAAAAUAA